UCUCCCAUUGUUUUUGUUUGGUUUGUGCCACUAACCUCUUAACCUGUCGCCUUCGGAUGUCGUAGGAUAAACGUUUCCUCGCUGCUAAACCAGUCAUUCGUCCCACCGGUAUACUUUGCGUCUCUGUGAGGUUCUAUUUUCAUCCUAAAGGCGAAGAAUUUCCAUAUAGUCUGACAAAAUGAAUCCUCUAACGAACAUGAAAAAUGUUUUAAAGCUGUCCGAACAAGAACUUCGUUCUAGCAUGAAAACAUCAUGGCAUGACCAAUAUAAACAUAGCGCCUGGAUUUUUGUUGGUGGUUUGCCUUUUGAUCUCACCGAGGGAGAUAUAAUUUGUGUGUUUUCACAGUAUGGCGAGGUAGUGAAUCUUAACUUGGUGCGGGAUAAAGGAACUGGAAAGUCAAGAGGCUUUUGUUUUGUUUGUUACGAAGAUCAAAGGAGCACUAAUCUUGCUGUUGACAACUUUAAUGGUAUCAAACUUUUGAAUAGAACAAUUAGGGUGGAUCACUGUGAAGGAUAUAAGGCUCCUAAAGAUGACAAUCCCAAGUGGCAAGUUGAUGACGAGACACGUCAACUCCACUCUGAAGGCUGUGCACCUGGCUCCAAGUUUGGUAGUUUACCUCAACUCCCAAAACCUGGCUUUAAUGGAGGGUUAGACAAGGGCCCUAAUUUACCUCCUAUGGAAAGUUUACUUAAAAUCAAAACAGAAAAUGAAGAUGUCUCCACCAACAACAAAGCAAAGAAAACUAAAAAGGAGAAAAAGACGGAAAAAACUAAGGAUGCAGUUAAAAAAUUAUUCAAAAAUAAGAAAAAGGAAGAAUCAUCAAGUUCAUCUUCUAGCAGCUCUGAUGAUAGCAGCUCUGAAUCAGAUGAUGAACACUCGCAGAAGACCAAGAAAAAACUCAAAAGAAAGAAGCAAAGCAAAUCUUCAUCUAGUAGCGCAGAUUGUAAAAGAGAAAGCAACACUCAAAAAAAGAAAAAAACAGAUUCACAUAGAUUGAUAUCUAAAAAUGAAUCAUCUUCUGAUUACGAAGAUAGUGAUCAUAAAAUCAAGAAAGCAAAACAAUCCCAGAAAAAAUAUCAGCAACACAAUUCAUCAGAUAAUGAAUUUGAAAAAGAGGCAAGUGUUAGUAAACUAAAAGGUAGACUGGACGAAACAAGACCUAACAAAUUUAGUAGUGAAAAGUUUGAAUACCAUGAGAGUUCAAGAACUGACUUAAAAGCUAAGCCACUCGAGAGGAAAGAUGUGUACCCACCUCAUAGCUACCAUAAAGGUCAGAAAGACUAUGAUAAAGGGAGAUGGAGUGAUAGGGGAAGAGAGGAAAACUGGAGGUAUGAGAAUGAGCGGAAGUGCACCGAUGACAGAAGGGAAGAUAAGGAAAAAAGAGUUGAGAAAGGUAGAAAUGAGUACAGAAAAUAUGAUGGUGAAAGAAGAUAUAGGGAUGAAAGGAAGACAGGUCAAAGAGAAGAUUAUCAUAGAAAACAUAGUAGUUCAAAGCCUUACUAGUGGCUAUUUAUGUUCCCAGUUUUGGAUUGAUUAAAAACCAAAACGUUUUGUAGUAUGUAACCUGGUUCUUCUAAAGAUCUCAUUUAGUCACGAAUGCAGCCAAGUUACUUUGCAAAACAAAAGACUAAAUUUGUAUCACAUUUAUUGCAUUGUUAAAAUUUUUAACAUAAAAUUAAAUAGUCUAUUUUACAAGGCACUGAACACAAAAA